AUGCUCCCCAUAGUUCGAAGCCGGAUCGCGGCGUUCUCGUCCAGCGUGGCGCCGCGCAUUGCCUCCCGGGCCGCCUACUCGACCACGACUCCUCGUUUCUCUGAAAACUACAUGCAGCCGAACGACCCGACCCCGCAAACACCCAAGCCUAAUGUCUCCGAGACCAAUGCUACACCUGUUGACUCGAUGGGCUCGUGGGAUGCUGCGUUGAAGGAAACCCCGGACGUUGCCGAGCGUGUUCGCUCGCUGCAGGCUCCUAAUCGGAAGCCCACCUGGGCUAAAAGCCAGAGGUCGCGAGAGGAUGCGAUGAGUGGACCGCGAUUUGAGCAGACUAUUAUGGAGCUUCAGCCCACGCCUUUGGCUGCUAUUGAACUCAUUCACAAACAACCCGUUCGCUGGACACACGAGAAAGUCGUCAGCUGUGAUGGAGGCGGUGGUCCCCUGGGUCACCCCAGAAUCUUUAUCAACACCGACAAGCCCGAGAUUGCUACCUGCGGGUACUGCGGAGUUCCUUUCGCCAACGAACACAACCGUGCGUAUCUCCAAUCCCUGCCCGCCACCAGCUACCCCCUCGAACCUACCGGCGAUGCCGAGGAGGUGAACGAGAGCCAGCGCGUCACUGAAGGUGGAUUUGAGCAGCGGUAA